AUGCAUUCAGUUCAAUGUGUUGUUUAUCGUCGCUGCCAGGUUUACACAGAUGUAACACAACACACAAUAAAGCCGAACUAUGUCCAAAUCUCUGUAGAGUCAUAUUCACAUCUGACGGGUUUGGAAGAUCAAGUGAAGACAUAUGAAGAAAAGGUAGAGACACUUGAAGAUGAGAUCACGGAAUUGAAUGACAAACUAUCAGCAGCAAACACGGAGAUAAAUACCAAGGAAGGUUUGGUAAAACAACAUGCUAAAGUAGCUGAAGAUGCUGUCUCAGGCUGGGAAAAGGCAGAAGCAAAAGCUUUGGCGUUGAAGAACCAUCUAGAAUCUGUCACUCUUUCAAAACUCACUGCUGAGGAUCAGGCAUCGCAGUUAGAUGGUGCUCUUAAGGAGUGUAUGCGACAGAUAAGAAACCUGAAAGAAGAACAUGAACUAAAAAUACAGGAAGUCACCCUUGCAAAAACCAAGCAAUUGGACAAGAUUAAGGUUGAGUUUGAGGCUAGGAUACGAAACUUUGAACAGGAACUCCUCAGGUCUGCUGCUGAUAAUGCAGCUCUGUCAAGAUCCUUGCAGGAACGUUCUAACAUGCUAGUCAAACUAAGUGAACAAAUCGAGUUCUGCAACAGGUUCCCUGCAAUGCACAAACCAAUCUUAGCUACCACUCUGUAUUAUCACAAAAAUAGUAUAUAA